UUCUGAAGGGCAAUUUUUGUGAAUGAACUUUGCCGUUGUUGUAUACCAAAAAAUUGAUUGUACUAGCUCCCCGCUCUGGUUCGCCGUGCUCCUCCGGCAGCGAGGUAGAUAUCCGAGCGUGAAGUUUGGCUACUGGGUAGAGGUUUUUGAUUCAUCAACAAAACCAUGGCCCUCCUCCGGGCUAGCGAUGACGGACCUCCGAAGUUGCAGGAAUCGAAGACGCGCAACGCAGCGCAGCGAAUAGGGGUGCAAGCCGAGUGAGCGGCGGCGGCGGUGCAAGCCGAGCGAGGCCGGAACAACCAUCUAUAUCUCUCCGAAGAGCAGGGAGCAGCGGCGAUAAUUGACUCGGAUCCAACGAACGAUGCUUCAAAAGCAAUGCAUGGAAUGAAUGGGCCCAUCAACACAAAAAAGGGGAAGAAAUGAAAUUCAUCUCACUUAAAGACUACAACAUGAUAUUUAACAUUAGAUAGGGUCAAAAUGAAAUUUUAAAGAAGACCCACUAACAAAGCAGCAACCUCUGCCAGAGAGGACAGGCUAAUGCUGCGCCUCAUUGUGACAGAAAGCUAAAAACAGUGAAAUAUGUCCAGUCGCCAGUGCACUUGUUAGCUUCCUCACGAAGGAGUCUCCUUCUUUUACUUCUCUAACCAUUUCUCUUCUAUCCAACUUCAAACAGCAUAGCAUUCUAGAAAUCAAAGAGGCAAAUCAUAACACCUACAAAAUCAUCAAACCCUGCGUUUCUUUUCCUAAUGGCUUCCAAGGAAGACCAAACGUUCACCUUGAGACUUUUGGUAGACAGAGAGAAAAAUCGUGUAGUUGUGGCUGAAGCAACCAGAGACUUCGUAGACACACUUUUCAGCUUCCUCACUAUUCCACUCGGGACUAUCAUUCGACUCGUUUCGGAAAACAACCACCAUGAUCAACAACCAGAGCUUGGCUGCAUCAACAAUCUGUACCGUAGCGUGGAGAAUUCAAGUGAUGAGGUUUUCUGGAACCCGAUUUGCAAGCAAAUGCUGCUUCGACCGCGAAACCCUCACGAAAGCCUUUGCAAGAAACUGAAGCUGAAUGUGGAUGACACUGAGCCUACAAGGUGCUUCAUGUGCAGUACCAAAUGUAAGAGUGAUAAUUAUUUCUUGUUAAGUACUUUUGCAGGUGCUAGUUGCCCUUCGUGUGGGAAACUGAUGGACAGAGAAAUGAAGCUUCUGGAAGAUUCUGGUGAAGUUGGCGUUUUUCUUAAAGGGGAAGCCAUGUACAUGGUUUUUGAUGAUUUAAAAGUGCUCCAAAAUUUUCCUGGAAACUUGAUGAAGGAACUUGUCAAGCUUGGCUACACGGAUUUCAAAAAUCUCAGCGAGAUGACCAAAGUUGUUAGCUUCAAGGGGAUGUUGGAGUUAAUGAAGCGAGUGUUAACCUCCAAUUCUCCCCUCAGUGAUGUGUUCUUGGCAAGCGAUGAAUCUAAGCCUCUGUACACCUUCUCACCAAAAGUUGGUGGAAAGCCCACACAUAACUGUAACAGAACGAUUAAGAUAUUUGCGAGAAAAUCAUUGAAGAAAAUAGUGUAUGCUGAAGCUGAGGAGGAUUUUGUUGAUUUUCUAUUCAGCUUCCUCACAACACCAAUUGGAUCCACUAUGACGCUUUUGGAUGGAAAUGCUUCUCUGGGAUGCAUCAACAACUUGUACAAAAGUGUGCAGAACUUCAGUAGCUUAUGGUUCAUGGGAAAUUCAAAUGAUCUCUUGCUUGAUCCGCAAGUGGCACCAAAAUUCGGUGUAAGGAGUGGGCUGCAACUGUUUUCUGAGCAAUGGGAUCCUGUUUACUAUUAUGGCAGCAAUGAUGUGAUCUCAAGGAACCCUAGUCGAGUAAAAGAUGCUUGUUACAUGAAGCUAUUCGAACCGAGAUUCUCUGAUAGCUUUAAACUCGGAUUUGUGAGGAGGCCAUCACUGUUUGUUGUGUGGGAUGAUCUGCAUGUGACACCACUGGCUAAUGCUUCCAGCAUUUCAUUGUUACAAAAUAUAAAUGCUCCAUUGGAUGAUUUGGAGGAACAUGUGAUCAGCAUUGGGGAAGCAGAGGCAAUAAACCUGUUAGGGGCUUCUUUGACAUCCAAAGCUGCUUUGACAGAAGGUCUAUUCUCUACUUCCUGAAAAAGCCAAAAGAAGAACUUGGAUCACUUGUAAGAUUAUUUGGAUUGUGAUUUCUGGAAUCUCUACGAACUACAAACUGUUUAGUUAUAUUUGAGUGAAUUUGUAUGAUGUGAUUGUGGUUGUGGUUUUAUGUUCUUAUUGGUAGUGAUAUUUUUGUAAUAGUUCCAAGGCUGGCUAUUGUUUAGAAGUGAUUUAGUAAAGAAGUCUAGCUAUGGAUAAAUGAUAAAUCUCUGGGUUUUCAACUUCAGUGCCUGGUGGAAGAAAUUAUAUACAUAUAU